GAUAUAUACAUAUAACCGUUGCCAGAUCGUGAAAUAAACAUUUUAACACAUUUCACAUUUUAUUUUGCACAUUCAUGCGCAUUAUCUUAUGAUACUUUCGGUAUGCAGCGAUCACAAGUAGAUUUGUUACACGUACUAUGUUAAGCGCUACUGAAGGCUCGCAGGGUUUUCAACUUCCUCCUCGCGAGGGUGUUCCGAGGGCUUUAAAUCCAGCUGCAACACCGCUGAAGCAGGAAAUGGUACUCGAUGAUAUAUCUACUUCAUCGGUUUCUCCCCCUGAGGAAGCUGGAUACACAACAAAGCUUCAACUUAGUAUCCCCGAGCGUUUCAACGUUGGUGUUGUUUGCAUGCCUGAUAUAAUGCGCCAUUUUACGUUGAAACGGUUGGAGCCUUUACUGAAUGAUAAUAAUGAAUCUUCCAACGUGGACUCCAAUGUAGAGUCCUGGCGAGGUAUAGGAAUAGGUCGUCAAGAACAGGUAGAAACCCGCAAUUUUAGAGCACAAGAGAGGAUUAUUGAUACGGAUUGUUAUUUCAUGUUAAUGGAGAACACGUUGGAUAAUAGUGUGAACAUAGUUCCUGUCAGCAAAUACAUGAUGCUGGAACCAAUGACGUCACAUAAACCGGGGACAUCUGCACCCUCGUCACGGAGUAUCUCCAAGGACACUAUUUUGGCUGAAAGAUUAAGGCGUAUAAUCAAAUCUGACGAUUUAGGUGACGUUGAAGAAAACAAGCAGGUUUCCGACGCCUCUUCGAGGUCAUCUACCAAAGUCAAAGUAGAGAAGAUUCACUGGGACUAUGAAGAGGCAGCAAGCGACGAUGAAGAAUUCUACAACGAUGAGGUUACGUAUGAAGAUGGUGACGACCCGCUAAAUCAGCCACACCUUACGUUAUAUGGUAAUAGGAUGAAGAACUUAUUGCAACAGCAAGCUGAACGUGAGAUGGAUGAAGAUCUUCAGGAAUACUCUGAUGACGAUGAAGAUUCUCAGGUCUCAUCUUCCGGCAAACAGCAGCGGAGGCAGGAUUCUUCUGAUGGACAGGGGGCUAAGAAAAACAAAACAGAGGAUAAUAAAAGCCAAACCAUGGAAAAGCGUUUUAUGGAAUUUCUACGUCAGAACGGCGGCAAAGUGCCAAUUAAGCGCAUACUUGACCUAUUCAAGAUUACAUCCAAAAAUGACGAUUUCCGCAUAAUACACAAUUUGAUUCAAAAUAGAUGUAAUGUCAGUGCGGAAGAAGUAGGCAACAAGAAGGUGAAGUCUAUUUCGCUGAAGGCAAAUUAUAUGUGACUCGCAGUGUCACACAUCGUUUAUAGUGUGACAUUGUCCAGUUGAUGUG